UUAUAAACGUUAAAUGAAAAAGAGGAUAAAUUAGUUACAUAAUUGAAACUCGAAAGUAAUUUAACAGAGGUAAUUUUUCCUAAAAACAAUUUAGCAGCUCAUUAUUACAUGAUUAAAAGUAAUUCUCUCUUAUUAAAUUCCUUUCACUAGAUAAAGAACAUCUUAAGAUUAGUUUCCCUUUGCACCUCCUAACAAAAAAUCAAACAAAAACUUAAAAAGGUGCCACUGCAUGAUGAAUGGUGAUUAAAGUUUUUAUUGAAGAGUGAUCGAAAAAAACGUGAGAAAGGAUGGAAACAAAUACUCAAGGAGAUGACUAUAAUCGUGCGAAACAACAGUGUCCCAAAUUAAUCAUUAAUUAUUACGUCCUUUGGUGGAAUGACUGGCGCCUGCAAUUUUCUCACAAAAUGCCACACCUAUCAUUCUCUUCAACCGAGGAAUCCAACUCUUCAUCUUUCAUGGAGAUCCAACAGCAGCAAACUACUCUAUUUUUAUCAUUUACAAACUCAAACUCUAACCCAAUUUCUUCCUUGACCCUGAAACUAACGAGAAAGCAAAAUGCUGUCUUUAUCUAAAGUCUAAACCAUUUUGAGAAUAUUUCUUUUUCACUUCCUUCUUUGUUUAAAACUUCUUGUUUUAUUUUUCUCUUCCAAUUCCCCCAAUCUUUGACAGCUCAACAAAUACAGGCAGUUUGUGUUGGAAGUUGCUUUGUUGCCAUCAUGCUCAAACAAAUUCUAAGCAAACUCCCUCGGAAGUCACAAAAAUCUGACACAUUAGAUUCAGCUGGAAUUGAUUCUGGUAACCAUACUUCUAACUCAGGCAAUGGAGUUCAAUGUACAAAUAUUGGGAAUAGUAUAUCAAGUCGACUAAGUGUUGUUAAACGGGUGUCUUCGGCUGUUUUUCCUGCUAGCAUUAUGGCUGGAGUGGAAACAGUGGAGCCCAAUCUACCUUUCAAGGAUGUUUCAAAUCCACAGAAGCAGAACCUGUUUAUCAGUAAAUUGAAUCUAUGCUGUGAGGUUUCUGAUUUCAGUGAUCCAGAUAAAACUACUGCUGAGCAAGAUCUUAAACGCCAAACAUUGAUAGAGCUUGUUGAUUUCGUUUCUUCUGGGUCUGCAAAGUUCAUCGAACCAGCAAUUGCUGCAAUGUGUAAAAUGUGUGCCAUUAACCUGUUCAGAGUUUUUCCACCUAAAUAUCGUUCUAAUAGCACUAGUGGUGAAGCAGAAGAUGAAGAGCCAAUGUUUGAUCCUGCCUGGUCCAAUUUGCAACUUGUUUAUGAUCUACUUCUUCGGUUUAUCAGUUAUAGUUCUCUUGAUGCAAAGUUGGCAAAAAAGUAUGUAGAUCAUUCUUUUAUUUUGAGAUUACUUGACCUCUUUGAGUCUGAGGACCCCCGAGAAAAAGAUUGUUUGAAAACAAUUCUGCAUAGGAUUUAUGGCAAAUUCAUGGUGCACAGGCCCUUUGUGCGAAAAGCUGUUAGCAAUAUCAUCUAUCAUUUUGUUUUUGAAACCGAAAGGCAUAAUGGUAUAGCUGAGCUCUUGGAGAUUUUUGGAAGUAUUAUUAGUGGGUUUGCUACACCAUUGAAGGAGGAGCACAAGAUGUUUUUAUGGCGAGCUCUUAUUCCCCUACACAAACCAAAAUCAGUGGGUGUUUAUCAUCAGCAAUUAGCAUACUGUGUUGUACAGUUUAUAGAUAAGGAUCCAAAGUUAGCUAAUAGUGUGAUUAAGGGACUGUUAAAGUACUGGCCGGUUACAAAUAGCCAGAAGGAGUUGAUGUUUAUAAGUGAGUUAGAAGAGAUUUUGGAGAUGACUAGCAUGGCUGAGUUCCAAAAGAUCAUGGUUCCACUGUUUCGGCGUAUUGCUUGCUGCUUAAACAGCUCCCAUUACCAGGUGGCUGAACGAGCCCACUUGCUAUGGAACAAUGAGCACAUCCUUAAUCUUAUUUCACAUAACCGCCAGGUGAUUUUUCCUCUUAUCUUUCCUGCACUUGAACGCAAUUCCCAGAAUCAUUGGAACCAAGCGGUGCUUAACCUGACACAAAACAUAAGAAAGAUGUUUUCUGAGAUGGAUGAAGAGCUUGUGCUUGCCUGCCAGCGUAAGUUGGAGGAGGAAAACUCCCAAUUGAGUGAGGCGGCCGAGAAGAGGAAACUAACAUGGGAACGCCUGGAAAAUGCUGCUGGUUUCAAACCUGCGGCUGCUAACAUCAUUCCUCCUGUAAAACCAGCUGCAUGCCCUGUUGCCUGUUAA